AAAAAAAAAAAGAGAAUGAAAGUCAAAAACGAGUGAAUGAUGGAGUAAUCGAGAGCGUGUCAGAAAGUGAACUUUCGUCGCAUUUUCGAAAUUCGAUUCUAGUCAAAAGCGGUACAAAGCCGAGGGAGUGAGCUCAAGCCAGGCGAAAAUCGGUACUUAUCAUAUAUACACAUGCGUAAGAUACGCGUUCGUAUAGGAUAACGUGAGGAAUGACGACAGGCGUAUAAAAGUAAAAGAAUAGGAACAAAAAAUUAAUUGCAAAUGGACUUUAAGCAGGAACUUGCGGGACCGCCUUUACGAUAUAAAUACGCGAUGAACAAAACAUAGCAUCUUUUCGUUAUAAUCGGCGACGAUCGAUCUGCUCGUCUCAUUUAUAUUAACGACGAUCGGUUGUUCGCUAAAAUAAAACGACACCCUUUCAAAUGGAUGUACGGUGCGAAUGAAAACCCUCCCUACCCCUUUGCCACCCACCCCAGACCAUUUUCGAGCUUCGUUUAUUAACAUUACCAUCCCACGCUUAUGAAACGUUGGGCCAAUCGAAGGUUUACUAUCGUGAUCCGUGCAUGAGAGAAUCGGUCAUCAUUCUUCUUUUUUAAUUACAAAAUAAAAAUAAAUCGAAAAGUUUUACGGAACGCGAUCGGUCCUCCUCGAAUUGGCUUGGCGGUUCGACUACCGCGGUAAACUACAAUAUACAAUGAUUACCAGUUAAGGCAAUUGAAGGCGUAUUUUCUUAGAGAUAAUAUUAAACGACAAAAACAGAUGCAAAAGGUUUGCGCGCCACGCAUGCCUCGCAAGCGACAGAAAAUACAUUUGCGAAGAUACACGCACAACUGUACCGCGAAAAAAAGUACGUAAGGAUAGUGACGUAAUGCAACAACAAUGGAAACAUGAUGACUUUUUUCUGUUAGGUUAAGUUUCUCCUUCUUUUUAUAUCGUAGUUCUUAAUGAUUGUUAAAUGUUAAAGGUUUUCUUUUUUUACGAAAAAAAAAAAAAAAAGCGUGGUAGCGGAAUGUACGUAGGGCAUACCGCUCGUACGCGUAGCAACAAACACGACUGAAUGUUCCGAAAACGAGCGAGGUGGCACCACUGUUUGUAAGUUUGUAAAACCAAUGCAGAUGGCAGUAGCGUCGCUCGUAGUCGAUCGUCGGGCACGGAGAUGUUAGCGAAGCGUCCAAAAUUGCGUUACUUUUAUUAACUUGUUAUUAGUUCGUUUCUAUUGUUCACUUUUUGUUUCCUUUGUACAUCUUUCUUAACGUUCUUUUUUUAAUUCACUUCGAUACUUCGAGCACCGAUCGUCGACUCGCUUCCGAUUUUUACAACGGCGAAUCGGUCUGUCGCGAAGUUCGAAGCAUUGUCGCAAAGUUCGAUGUCACUUUUACUUAGAAGAAAUUGUCGUUACGCGUGGGACGAAAGAUGUGUAAAAAAUUUGGUGUAUUACGAGGAGACGAAAAAGCGGCGAAUGACAAGCUUGGUGAGUCUGAAACGAUAAAUAAUCGUAAACGAGCGAAUCGGUGAACGAAUUCGAAUUAUGUUUGCUAGUCAGAAUUGGUUACACGCUGAAGCAAGCUAGGAAUUAAAGUUGGUAGUUCCCGUUCUCGAGCAGCAUCGACUCUGAACACACUACGGUUUUUUAGUUACUACUUCCUAGAUUCGCGCUAAUUACCGUACGACUUUUUAAUAUUAUAAAUUAAAUGAAUUAAAUUAUAUUAAAGUAAGACUAGAGGAUGUUUCGUUUUUUUGUCUUUUUUUCUAUUUUUUAACGCAUAGUAAGAACGUCAUGUGGACGCAUGUUACUGGUAGCGACACCACGUCUACCAACGCUACAACUACUAGAAUGUAACUAGUAACUAUUAUCCUACCGCUACUACUAUCGCUAGUUAGUUUUUACGUAUUUGUAAACUUUCCGCGUACAACUUUUUGUCUACGUUCACGUGUAUUACAUUGCUCGAUGUGAUAUCUCUAGUUUCGUGUGUUUCGAGAAAGAAAUCAAAAUCUUAAAUUUGAAAAACAAAAAAGCGAAGGAGAUAAUUCACUUGUACGAUGAAUCUCCUGGUUAUUUUUUGUACCGAUGAAUUUGGCUUUAUUCAAGAAAUUUUUUUUUCAUUUAUCGAUAACGGAAUCAAUGACCAUCGAAUGAAGCGGGGUCGCGCGAGUUAGUGAGCUUUGAGAAACCUUUGAAAAUGAAAAAUAUUUGAAACUGAAAAAUACGCUGUCAAUUGUCACAGCCACACGGAAUUUAGGACACGUGCAUUUAUUAGACAUUAUCGUUACUGCUAUUGAUUAUCGAAAGGAUCGGGAAUACGAGAAUUCGUAUUUUUUCACCUUGUGACGUCACUACGCGCGUUUUACAUGUCUUCAUACUUCGCGUCUUGGUACACGUCAUCAGUGACACCACAAUGGACAUCUUCGCAUAAUUCUCGUAACCUCGAUCCCAACACUCAUUUUACUAUUAAUAUUAUUGCUACUGAUUAAUUAUGUUUAUCAAUCGUGUUUCGGAAAUACUAGCGCGCCUCGUGACGCGAGGCUCCAAAAACAAAUGAGAAUCUGAAAGCCUGAGUGCGAGAAAGAAAGAGAGAUAGAAAUGUUUGUGUGUCUGAGUGAAUGCAAGAAUGUUAGGAGGGAGCGAUGAAAAUUGUAAGAAUAACUGCGUGGACGAUGGGAGCGUGUAGGUAUGCGCGCAAUUCAAUGAUAAAGAUCACCGUACACAUUGCCGCAUAUCAUUCGGAUUCGUGAAACGGAAGGAGAGAAGAAAAGUUUUCAAAAAGCUGCACGGCUGCGUACUAUUUCGAAUUUCAGUCAAACGUUCGACGCCAAUGCCAAAACGUACCUACGUAUAAACGUAACGUCUCUUUCGGUUACGAAGACGAGUUCCAACAUAGUGAACGGAUAGUUGGUAUUAGUGCGACUUUGAAAAAAAAAAAAAACUUCGCAAAUUGUACACGGACGAGGAAAAAGGAUCACGAGGAGUAAAUACUCUACGUGGAGGAAAAUUCGAAAUUUUAAAGUUUCGGAGACGCGCUUCUUUGUAAAUAGGCCACUGACAUAGCUCUAAAGUACCCUAAGGUAAAAAAAACCCUAGGAAAUGUUUAGGCAUACGAAUCGAGAUAUUCAGAAAAAAAUUAAAUUUAAAGCAGACGAUACUGUGUAGCGGAUAAGGACGAUUUAGGAGGAUACAAAUUUGAUGCUCCAGCGAACUUCCGGUUGAACACUCUGGUGGUACUCUUCAUGAUGGACUUCCGUCGCGAAAUCAUAUGUCAAAAGUUAACUCGGUAGUAUAACGAUUGUAAAUAUUGCAAGGACGAAUAAAUUCGUGGGGGACGACACGUCGCGGCAUUUUACGUAGAAAUUUUAAGACUAACUUAUUAAUCGACUCGUGUCGUAACUUUGGGGUUAACGGAAGGGAUCGAGAUGCAACCGGAAGUCGCGUAGGGCAAUACCUAAAAUUUAAGAAACCUAGAAACUAACGUGAGCCAGAGUAUUAAGGAAUACCGAGGAAAAUUAAAAUUACUACCAAGUGGACUAGAGUCGCAACCGAUGGGCAUUAUUGAAACAAAAUUUGUGGUGCGUUUUUUGCAGUGAGCAAUUAAAAAGUAAUGAGAGAAAAAGAGCGCGUGCAAGAGAGAUAGAGGAAGAGGAAGAGUAAAUGUGAGCGAGAUAUUGAUCGAGUGCGAGCGAGAGAGAGAGACAGAGUGCGCGUCCAAGAAAAAAUUGUACCUAUUUUCAUUUUAUAAAUUAUAUAAAUAUAUAUAUAAAUAUAUAUAUAUAUAUAUAUAUAUAUAAAUAAUACGAACGACUAACGCUGACGAUGAUUAUUAUUAUAUAAAAGGAAAUUAUAUCUAUAUUGGGAAGUGAUGUAUUCGAGUCGUGGUUAUGUAUAGUUAAGUCGAAAGGAAAGGCAAAAAUUAAUUAGCACAAAAUUAUCGUCUGGAAUGAUAUGCAUUCCCGGAAAUGAUUGUACAUUGUAUGUUCACGCAAGAGCGAAUUAACCACCGCCAAUAAAGAGCCAACCAAGCCAAACCAAAAUGAGUGUGCGAUAGGGACGAGAGGAAGAAAAAAGAUAAAAGAAUGGAUGAAACAUACAAAAAAAAAACAAAGAAUGACGAGGUUAAGGGAAAGCGAAAAAAAAAAAGGUAAAGAAUAAUGCAACGUACCUUGCGUUCCACGUUUGAAUUUGUAAAUGAGAACGAUCGUAUUAUAUAUCGGUGUUUAUUGUUUAAUCGUUUUUUCGUAUACGUAUCGCAAGAGGACAAACAAAGAAAAUUAUACAUACUGUAAAUCUUUUACGGGGCGGCGGCCCCGGACGUUAUUUCUAUUUGUACCUAUGCCCGUAUUUGUACGAUAGUAGCAAAAACUGAACGAGAAUGCGUGUGUGCGCGUGAAAGUGGCUAAGAAAAGGAUAUACGACAUAACGGAGGCAAAAAGAGUGUAAGUCUAAAAGAGAAGAGACGACGAGAGUGAAAAGGAGAAUGAGAGAGAGAGAGAGAAAGAGGAGAAAAAAAUCAUUUUAGUGAAAAUUAUCGUUACGAUUAUUCGUAUUAUCCGGGACUCGGGCAAUGAGGAACGAAAGAGUGUGUGAGGAAGAGAAAGAGAGAAAGGGAUAAAAAUAGGGGAAAAAAAAGAAAACAAAAAUUUAAAGCCACUAUCGUUUCUCGAUGUUCUCGCAUAUUUUACUUUGGUUUCCUUCUUUUAAGCUCCGUUCAUUAUAUUGAUCUACUCCAUUUUAUUUCUCUCCUAUAGUAAUUUUUUUUUUUUAUUUUCACUUUCUCUCCCAUAACCACCUACCAGAAUACAAAAUACACUAUAGUCAUAUAUCCAUCGUGCACCGAUACGACACCGUUUCAAUGAAGUCGAAUGCGAUCGAUCGAAUCUUCAGGAUUUUGAAAUUUUAUAAAAUCCACUUUGGCCCGCCUUUCGCCGUGCAGUCACAGACAUGGCAGUAGUACAGUACGUUGCACCGCGCAAUGGUCAAUGCUCGAUCCUCGGUAGCCGCUUGAGUAACGAUACGCCGAUUCCUUUUUGUAAACUCAAAGGGCUCACGGGAGAGCGUGACGAUUGCGCCUAUCAGGCCAACCUCACCGUGUCACUCGACCAACCUUACACUUAUUAACCCGCCCCAUCAAUUUCCUCGCAGUUAGUUCCGUGGAGCAUAAUUUAAUUAAAAAAUACAUUGCUCACCUCCGAUUCCUCCGAUCAUUAUGAAAUCUCCUUUGGUUGCCGCUGGAAAUGAGAGAAUGGACGUGCGAAUGAUUUUGUGCUUAUAGAGGAACGAGAGGGAGAGAGUGAGACGCGUUGAGAGAUUGAUGGAAUGGAUGAGUGAGAGAAUGAGAGAGUGAUAGGAAAGAAGGAAAGGAAGAAAGAAGGUGGGAGGGAGAGGUAGAGGGGAAGAGAGAGAGAGAGAGAGAGAGAGAGAGAGAGAGAGAGAGAGAGAGAGAGAGAGAGAAAUGCAUGCAAGAAGAAAGCAAGGUGAGAAUGCAUCUUAGUGCGCACGAGCGGAAAUAGAAACGUAAAAUCGAGUGAAAGAGUGAGAGAAAGAGAAUUUUGAAACAGCAAUCCCAUCCCGCCAUUUUUACACAUCCCCGCCCGUCAGAAUCUCCCGUUUCCGUGAUUACCAAGUAUGAAUGCGAAAGUGGGUAUAAAGGCAUAAAAGAUGGAAAGCAUCGAGAGCUAGAGAGAACCGACUAAAGCACAUUUUUGUCGAGCGUCGUAGGGACACAUUUUCCAUUAAUUGUGUAAACACGAGAGGAGUAUGAUGAUGAUGAUGAUGAUGAACAAAAAUACGGAAGAGUAAGGAGAAAAAGGAAAUCAUGUAAUAGCUGAUGAAUCAUGUGGGAAAAAAAAAUAAUAAAAAGUAAUCAUACGAAAAAAAUUAUGAAAACGUAUCCUGUACGAGCGAUAAAAGAAAAUUGUAUAAGGAAAUUGUACACGCUUUCGUUUAUCGUUUUCUCCGUUCGAACACGCUAUAUUGACAUUGUCAUUGAUUAUUGAUUAUUACUACGACUAUUAUUACGAUUAUUAUUAUCAUUAUUAUUCAUUAUUAUUAUUAUUAUUACGUGGUAUAAUAAAAAUUUAAUAAGCAAUCGAACGUCCGUCUAUUUAUCGAUCAUCUUUAAUGUCCUCUCGUUGCACUUAUCAUUUUACCUAUUCCUUUCUACGGUGCGUUUCAUGGUUAAAAUGUUGCUUUGGUUAUGACAUAUUUUUUGAUGGGGUCAUAUAAGUUCAAGUGAUUGUGUUUUCUGAUGAUAGGGAAAAAAACGGAGAUUACUUUGGGCAACAAUUUUUUUAAUCACUCAGCAACCGUAUAACGACCUGUCUUACGUUGCUGUUUAUUGCGUCACGAGUUCAAAGAGAAACGAGAUCUCUUGGACGCGAACGAAUGGAGAUGGACUAAGUUAUCGGAGUUGCGCGGUUUACCGGCAUCGUGACCUCAGAUGUCACGGGAUAGUGAUAAUGACGAAACUCCGAGACUUAUCAUCAAUGCCACUACUGACUUACUGAAUUUUGAUUCAGUUAUUUAAUUCCGAAGAGUUUCUCGUUCUUCUCUGAUUCGCCGACUGGAUUGUUAGUUAUAGUUAAGCAAUUGUUUGAACGCAGUAAAUUCUUUUUAUUUUCGUACAAUUAUGUUGCGUUUUGGACUUCGCGGACUUAGAAUCGUUUCUGAUGGAUUUGAAAAGCCCGCGAUUUGUACGCGCGAAAUUGGAUCGUCGUGUCUUGCUAAUCGUUUGCGUCAUGGUGCAACUUGUGGGUGCAGUAUAUGUAUCUCUGACAGGGGAAUCAGUGCUGUUUUCUAUGGGAAAUCCAGAGCUGUGAUUGGUCAACGUGGUUAUGGGGAUCAGAGUGUGAAGGAACCGGAACCCAGAAAAACGUGCUUGUAUGAUUUACACGUGGAUAAGCAAGGUAAAAUCGUUAAUUUUGCUGGAUGGCUGCUACCUGUACAAUACCAGGAUGCUAUCGCGGCAUCUCAUCAACAUACUAGGACCUCCGCGUCUCUUUUCGACGUUGGCCAUAUGCUGCAGACUCGUGUUUACGGAAAAUAUGCUUUCGAAUUUUUGGAAUCUCUUACCACUGGUGAUUUAUGCAAUCUUGGUAAAGGGCGUGCGACUCUCACUGUUUUUACCAAUGAGAAUGGCGGCAUUCUGGACGAUUUGAUUAUUACCAAGGAUGAUGAGGAUACAUUUUUCGUCGUGUCAAACGCUGGAAGACGCAAUGAAGAUUCUCAGCUUAUGCUGCAAAAACAAGAAGAAUUCAAAGCCAAAGACAAGACGGUUCACUUGGAAUUCCUGGAUCCUCUGGAACAAGGUCUCAUCGCACUUCAAGGACCAGAGGCAGCUAAGGCACUUCAAUCCUUAUUGAAUAUCGACUUGAGUAAACUCUAUUUCAUGAACAGCGUAGAAACUCGCCUGUUGAAUAGUCUAGUGCGAAUUUCACGUUGUGGAUACACAGGUGAAGAUGGUUUUGAGAUUUCAGUACCAGCAAAACAUAUUCGUGAGAUAGCAGAACAGUUACUAGCAAUUCCGGAAGUGAAAUUAUCUGGUUUAGGUGCUAGGGAUAGUUUAAGACUAGAAGCUGGUCUUUGUCUCCAUGGACAUGAUAUUGAUGAAAGCACAACACCUGUAGAAGCUGCCCUCACUUGGCUUGUAGCAAAGCGUCGCAGAGCCCAAGCUGACUUUCCAGGAGCGGAGAAAAUUUUGUCUCAAAUAAAAUUGGGCACAAGGAAAAAGAGAGUUGGCUUAUUGUUAGGCCACGGACCACCGGCAAGAGAAGGUGCAGCAAUUUUAACACCUGAGGGAGAAAAAGUCGGAGUCGUUACUUCCGGCGGACCUAGUCCAACUCUUGGUAGACCAAUUGCCAUGGGAUACACACCGCCUGAUUUAGCUCAAUCUGGCAGUGGUGUUCUUGUCGAAGUACGUGGAAAAACGUACAAGGCGACUAUUUCUAAAAUGCCAUUUGUUAAAACGAACUAUUACACCGGAAAAUAAAUUAAGUCUGUACAAUGUCUCGCGUUGCGAUUUUUAAUCAGAAUCUCUUUUGUAUUGUCAUCGAUCAUCUAUGAUCAUAAACGACUGUUACUUUCGAAAAUCACUAUUAAAUGUAUUUUAGGGUAAUAUUGAAAUUCGUUAAUAAAAAUUAUUUUAGACAAAAA